AUGGAGGGCUCAGAGUCGCCGCUGUCUGCAGCCUCGACGCUGCCUCUGCCUGAUGAGGAGCCUGCCGAGCUGACAGCUGGUCUAGCUCGAGAAGGGUCAAGCUCAGAUGGCUCACAGGGCGGUGGAGACGGCGACAAUCAUGUCAUAGCUGUACCGCAAGAGGUAGCUGAGCAGGAGCAGGACGACGAGGAGGAGGAGGAGGAGGAGGAGGAGGAGGAGGAAGAAGAAGAAGAGGAGGAG